AUGGUGACUGCGCUCAGGCCAGGUUUCUUGAGCCCAUCGGCUGGCCUCAAGUUCGCCGACAUCCCCAAUGGACUUGCAGCGAUCUCCAAGGUGCCGGUGGCAGGCUGGGCGCAGAUCGCUGCGUAUUUUGGUUUUGUGGAGUUCAGCGGUGGCUUCGAUGAUUACAAGAGCGGCACGCCCGGCGACUAUGGCUUCAAGGUGCUAACCUCCAGCGAUCCAGCUGAGAAGACCAAAAAGCUGGCAGCCGAGCUUGCAAAUGGACGACUUGCCAUGAUGGCCAUCAUCGGCAUGUUCUUCCAGGACGGCCUCACUGGCAGCGCUUGGGGAGACUGGGCCAACUACACCGCCUCGCCUUUGCGAGCAUUCGAGAGCGAGCUCGGAGUGCAAGCUCCUGUCGGAUUUUGGGAUCCGGCCGGUUUCACGAAGGAUGGCAACGCGGAGAACUUCGCUCGCCGCCGUCAGACAGAACUUAAGCACGGAAGGAUCGCCAUGCUUGCGGCGAUGGGAUACAUUACCCCAGAAUUCAGCAAGUGGCCAGGUUACCUGUCGCCCACUUUGGGCAUCAAGUUUGAGGAUGUGCCAAACGGCCUCGCAGCCAUUUCCAAGGUUCCGAUCGCGGGAUGGACACAGAUCCUUUGCUGGAUGGCAUACUGCGAGACUUCUCAGGACCAGUCAGCAGGCACCCCCGGUGCGGCUGGCGAUUUUGGAUGGUAUGUGCUCACCUCCGACGAUCCGGAGAUCAAGAAAAAGAAGCUCGCAGCAGAGCUCGCUAACGGACGACUGGCGAUGAUGGCCAUCAUCGGCAUGUUCUUCCAG